GACACACCGCUACGCGUGGGAGGAUUCCGCGUCCGUGACUGCGAGCGGAGAGGAGAGACACGGACAAACGCUCGCUCUUUACGGCGAUAAUCACCGCUGUUCUCCGGCGGGGAUAAGUUUUUUUUCCACCCCCACCGGUGUCACUGUCCGGCUGCCGCAGUUUCCAGCGCCGUGUUCGGACCGGGAUGUGAUGGGAGUCGGAGCAGCGCAGGGGAAAGCCGUCCAUCAGGGAAGCGGGGGGAUGAUGAUGAUGGAGAACUGGAGUACCAAGUUGGCUUUUUUCUCGCAGACGGGGAAUAAAAGAGCGUCCGCUUUCGCUUGAAGGAUUAAAAAACUGCCUCCUGCCAGAAUUAUUCCCGUCAUUAUUUCCAGUCCUCCCUGUUUUUCUGCGUUUUUCUGACAUGUCUGCUGAUAAAAGCUCGAGCUCAGCUCUGGAUCUACAUGUUGCGCGGCUGAUGCAGCUGCUGUGCUUCACUUGAGCUUCUUUUCCUGCCCAUAUUUGGAGUUUUUUUUUCUAAAGCAGGUGGUCAACAUCUCAAACCAGGUCAAAAUCAUGACCUUUUCGUGUCUGUGUUGAGUGUGUCGAGCCUUUCUGUGACAUGGAAAAAACAGGACUCUACAGCUUCCUAUAUUACUUCAUUCUCAAUUUGCCCUUCAUGAUUUGUGCAAAUGCGGCAUUUAUUGAAGUCCCUAAAGAUGUGAGUGUGGGCGAAGGGGAGGAUGUGGAGAUGCCCUGCGCUUUCAAGGCUGUCAGUUCGACACCCAUGUCUCUGGAGAUUCAGUGGUGGUAUCUGAAGGAAGAUGGCCCCGAAGAACUGCCUGAGGAGCUGCAGAUCAGCGCUCCAGUGAACAGAGCCAAGGACACUUUCAGAGAAGCCACAAAAAUAAGUACUGUGCGCGUUCAGGGCAACGCCAUCUCCCACCGCCUCAGCCUGUCCAAGGUGAAGAAGGAAGACGAGGGGGUUUACGAGUGCCGCGUCUCUGAUCUGUGGGCCGAAGACACUCAGGAAUUUACAGUCCACGCCGCGCUCCACAUCACAGCGGGCGGCGGCAUGGUGGCGGAGGAGGCCGUGUCACACAUCCAGAACCGCUGGCCCCUGAGGAAUACCAACACGGCUCUCGGAGGUGUCCCCGCAGGAAGCGCCACCUCCAAACCCGGCCAGGGGCUGGCCGGAGGCGUGAGAUCGGGACAGGGGAAGCACCGGGUGCCCCAGAAGGCCCAGGCCGACCUCCUCCCCUCCAUCUCGUCCACCACCACCACCACCACCUCAGUGGCUAAGUCGUCAGCCUCGCCGCUGCCAGGGACUGCAGCCAUACUCCGACAGCAGCAAGGGGCUGACUGCAGCAUGAUGAGCACGAUGGACCCCCUCCUCUGCAUCAGCCUCCUGUUCCUGCAUAAGCUCCUCCCUCUACUGUUGGCCCAUUGAAAAGACUUCAGUAAAAAAUGAUUUCAACCUGCAAGUUCUCGCUUUCUAUACCAAACAGAAAUCAAGCAGCAGUCAGUUCCCACUGGGGAAAAAAAGGUCACAUUUAUUCAAUUUAUGCUGUUGCAGCGCAUCACUGCAGGGAGCUAAAGAAAUGCGAUGUAGGAUGCAGGAGCUGGAUGAGUGGGGAUGGAUACCGUGGAGGAGAAAGGAUGCCUAACAGACAUGACAUGGAGUUGUAGCAAUAUGACAGUUGAUUGAGCAGAUAGUGGACGAGAAAUGAGCUUGCAGUGAAUGCAAAGCAUCAUUAGUGAUCUACACGCAGCCUGUGCAUCCAUGUGCAGUUCUGCUUCUGCCCUGCUUCAUCUGCUGUCCUCCUCAAACACUCACAUCCUCACACUUAUUUGCAGCGUUUCCACUGUGAGUUAUGUCUAGCCACACAUGUCACAGCACUGUGAGUUGACUGUACAUCUGAAAGUAGUCAUUAGUCAUUUGUUGUAUUGAAAAACAUGCACUCCCCAUAUUGUGUUUUUCUUCUUUUGGAGGCGGCGAUUUUAUGAGCAUGACCUGUCGAUCACUGACAUUUUCCUCUGCAGCCAAAUCAGGCCUCCUCAUUAUACAAAGCUACUGUUCAAAAUGUGCGUUAGUCUAAUGUCCACCCGUUCCUCUGCACACGUAAACACACACAGACAGAAAACACACACAUUUGUUCCCAUAGCUGUGUUCCAUGAUGUAAACGAUAAGCUGAUAUAUUUUGAGUAAGAUAAGGCACACCUUACCAUUGUUAUUGUUAACCACCUCCAAAAAUGUUUAUUUUUAUUGAAUCUACUGUGAUAAAAGUGACACAUUUCAUUUCUAUGACACAAAAAAGAUUUAUUGGUAACUUGCAACAGCAGUUCAGAUGAAGGUUUAUUGUUUUUAUAAUAAAAGAUGGCUUACAAACGUUUUGUAUGCAUGACCCUUUCACCACACUAUGAGGAAACACGUAGACUGUGACUGACUGUAAUCCUCACAAACCUACGGUUAAAGCUGGUGUUGUGCAGGUGGAUCUGCUCUGCUAUAACCAAAACUGAGAUGUCAUAGUAUGUAUUCCUUUUUUACUCAGCCAUUCCACCUCCCCGCAGAGAUGCUUCUCUCAGACUUUGGCCUGAGAGAUGUUUCUCAAAUAUUGAUGCCCUGAUCUUCAGCAGACAUCUGUCAUUGUUAACAAUAUGGUGAACUUUUACAUCUGAGCUUGGAAGGUUCAAAGUAUUGUCAUUCCUCUCAAGAUUUGAAGGGGAGAAAAAAAACAGUUAAGGUCAUCCCCAGGCUCUGGCUGUUCAGCCACUUCAAAGAUAGCAACGAUUGAAAAAGGAUUCACAGGCAGGCAGAAACCAAACAAUGGCUUCUGGUCUACAGUGAAUGCUGUACAGUUUGAUGAAGCUGGCAAAGAUGCAUUUUACACAUCAAAACAACUAAUAAAUAUUUUACUGACCACAUUUAUGCUCUUUUAUAUCACAAAAAGGGGAAAACAGUCUGUCAAAUGUUGAAUUAUCCACUGAAGCUUUUCCUCAGGAGGCUCAUACUGUGCUGUAUGAUUUACACCAUGUACUUUAUAGGUAUAUUUUGGCUUUUGUGUUUGGGAUUUCACACCU